AUGUCAUCCAUACCCUUUUUCACCCUCAAUAAUGGCGUGAAGAUGCCUGCCAUCGGAUUGGGUGGAUGGGGCGGCGAAAAACCUCAUGAACGGGAGGCAGCGAGAGCGUGGUUUCUGACGGCCUUACAGUCUGGAUACAGGCAUGUCGACGUUGCGCAAAUUUACGGUACUGAGGAAUCGCUCGGGAAGGCCGUGAGGGAGUCAGGCAUCCCCCGUGAAGAACUCUUCAUUACGACUAAGCUUCCGGCAGGCCAUCAUUCGCGCGUGGCCGAAUCCUUCCAGGAGUCUUUGGAUAACCUUGGCCUCGACUAUGUCGACCUGUACCUUGUCCAUUUCCCGUUCCCGUUUGCGUACGAAAAGGGAGUCGCAUUUCCCAAGAACCCAGACGGGUCAAUCAAAGUCCUCGAUUCUCCCUCGUUCGUUCAAAUCUGGGCCGACGUUGAGAAGUUGCUAGAUACCGGAAAGGUGCGAGCGAUUGGCGUCAGCAAUUUUUCCGUCAAGAACUUGGAAAUUCUCCUCAAGUCGGCAAAGGUUAUCCCAGCUGUCAAUCAAGUCGAGUUACAUCCAUAUCUCGCUCAGCCCGACCUAGUUGAAUACUGUAAGAACAAGGGUAUCGUGGUUACUGCCUACACCCCUACCGGUUACCAGAAUGUUCUUACUAACCCCACCGUCACGGAACUGGCUGGGAAGUACAGCGUCAGCGCCGCACAAAUUGUAUUGGCGUGGCAUGUCGCCCGUGGUAUCGUUGCGGUACCGAAGAGCAGCAACAAAGAAAGGCAGAAACAGAACAUCAACCUGCCGACGUUGGAGAAAUCGGACGUCGCAAAGAUCACGGCUCUGGACAAGGGGGAGAGAUUGUGCGUCAAGCCAGAUGAAGCUGGUUUAGUAUUUGGAAUGACGCUGGAGCAGCUUGGGUGGUGA